AUCGGCCGCGCGUCCGCCUCGGGCCGGGCUCGCCAUGGCCGCCAUGCCGUUCGGGGCCGUCGAGGAGCCGGCGCAGCUGCUGUCCGGCGCGGCCUUGCCCGCGGACAGCCUGGGCGCGGCCGACGCCUUCCCCAAGGACUUCGGGUACGGCGCCGACGAGGACGAGCUGGCGGGCGAGGACGACGGGGCCGAGCUGGCGGGCGGCGGCGGCGGCAUCGCGGGGCCCGGCGGCGGCGGCGGCGACUCCUCCAAGCAGCCGCGCAUCCUGCUGAUGGGGCUGCGGCGCAGCGGGAAGUCCUCGAUCCAGAAGGUGGUCUUCCACAAGAUGUCCCCCAACGAGACGCUCUUCCUGGAGAGCACCACCAAGAUCCACAAGGACGACGUCUCCGCCAGCUCCUUCGUCAACUUCCAGAUCUGGGACUUCCCCGGCCAGAUGGACUUCUUCGACCCCGCCUUCGACUACGAGAUGAUCUUCCGCGGCACCGGCGCCCUCAUCUACGUCAUCGACGCCCAGGACGACUACAUGGAGGCGUUAACCAGGCUCCAUAUCACCGUUUCCAAAGCUUACAAAAUCAAUCCAGAAAUGAACUUUGAAGUUUUUAUUCAUAAAGUGGAUGGCUUAUCGGACGACCAUAAGAUUGAAACGCAGAGAGACAUCCAUCAGAGAGCGAACGACGAUCUGGCCGAUGCUGGCUUAGAGAAGCUGCAUCUUAGCUUUUAUUUGACCAGCAUCUACGAUCACUCAAUAUUUGAGGCCUUCAGUAAAGUGGUGCAGAAGCUCAUUCCACAGUUGCCCACUUUGGAAAACUUGCUGAAUAUCUUUAUAUCAAACUCGGGGAUUGAGAAAGCUUUUCUUUUUGACGUUGUCAGCAAGAUCUAUAUUGCAACCGACAGCUCCCCUGUUGACAUGCAGUCCUACGAGCUGUGUUGUGACAUGAUUGACGUUGUCAUUGAUGUUUCUUGCAUAUAUGGGUUAAAAGAAGAUGGCAGCGGUAGCGCAUAUGACGAGGAAUCUAUGGCAAUUAUUAAACUCAACAACACAACUGUUUUAUAUUUAAAAGAAGUGACAAAAUUUCUAGCCUUGGUGUGUAUCCUUCGAGAGGAAAGUUUUGAACGCAAAGGCUUAAUAGACUACAAUUUCCACUGUUUCCGCAAGGCCAUCCACGAGGUCUUUGAAGUGGGCGUCUCCUCGCAUCGCCCCUGCGGCCAUCAAGCAAGCAUUCCCGGUCUGAAAGCAGUGGCUCACAAUGGCGCCCCGAAGGAGGACUGAGUCGGGAUGAGCUGGUGCUUGCUUGCUCACCCUGCGCCUGGAUCGGGCAGGAGCAGCAGCACGGAGGGAGGGAGGGCUGCCCGACUCCAGCCGUUCAUUUUGGAGCCAGAGGAGUCUGCCUUGUGGACUGGUCCUCAGCGUCCAUACGGACACCCAGAAUGACUGCGAGGAACCCAAGAUUCGGAGUGGCGGCUUUCGCUGUCAUUUAGCAGGCAGGCAGGCAGCCUCUCCUCCAGGUGGGAACUUCCCUGUUUGUCUCAGGAUUCAGCAGCCAGCGAUGUGCUGGAGGGGCUCUGAAACUCAGGCAUAUUCCAUAAUUUAUUUGAGUACACACUCAACACAUUCCACGUGACUUAUCACACGGUUUUGUGGUAAUACCUGAAAAAAGUAAUAUAUCCUUAACAAACCCAUUGAAUGAAAGCGCUUAUCUGCUUUUCUAGCUCUAAUUGUCGUCAGAAUUCUUUGAAAUAUCUUGGGCUCUUCUCAAGCCUUUGACUCAGUUCCUGCACGCAUCGUUACACUGAUUUUUGAAGCAUCUACGGGCAGCGCUAGCUCCCUCGGCUAGGGAACGGAGAUGAAGAUCAUCCGCUAGAGUGGGACAGGACUGAUCAGGAGAAAGCUUUACCCUCUCCCCAAGUGAUUCCCUUCCACCCCGCCAUGGCUAGUAUGGUUAGCAUUCGUUCGAUAUUUCAUUCCUGAAGCUGUAUGAUCGCAUAGAGCAGGGGUUCUCAACCUUGGCAACUUUAAGACUUGUGGACUUCAACUCCCAGAAUUCCUCAGCCAGCUUUGUUGGCUGAGGAAUUCUGGGAGUUGAAGUCCACACGUCUUAAAGUUGCCAAGGUUGAGAACCCCUGGCAUAGAGGGUCGUUUUAUUUUUUAAAAAAAUAGGUUCUGCUUUGACAAGAAUGGAACAGGAUGGGUUUUGGUUGCUGGAAUUUGCAAACAAUUUUGCUCAUUUUUAACAACAUGUGAAACUUCCUUCCAUAGGAACACCUUCCAUGUGAUGAAAUGUUUUCUGUGAAUCUUCCUGUAGGUCGUCUGUGUUUUGGCAUGUAAAUGCCAUUUUCUUAAUGAUGACAGCUGUUCCAGCGCCUCAGACUCUGUUCUUUACUCAAAAUAUCAAUCUGAGUUUGUUAAAGACUUAACAGAUGCUUUAAUACUCUUCACAGGUGAUUGUAUUCUGCCAGGGGGGGUCAUGUCUGGAUGGGAUAAGUUAUUAAUAAAUAUCUUUUGUCUCAAUAA